AUGGGGCAUGCCUGGCGCCAGUUCCAAGCUCUGCUAUGGAAGAACUGGCUUUGCAGACUCCGGCACCCAGUCCUCUCUCUAGCAGAAUUCUUCUGGCCGUGCAUCCUGUUCAUGAUUCUGACAGUGCUUCGAUUUCAAGAACCUCCCAGACACAGAGAAAGUUGUUACUUACAAGCCCGGGACCUACCCAGCCGGGGUGUUCUCCCUUUUGUUCAAGCACUUCUUUGUAACACUGGCUCAAGUUGUAGAAACAUCAGCUUUGAGAGUUCCAUGGAUCACCAUUUCCGUUUGUCUAGGUUCCAAACUGCAACCGACAACAGCAAAGUCAGUAGCUUGGCCUUUUUAAAAGAGAUCCAGGACCUGGCUGAGGAAAUUCUUGAAACAACGGGCAAGGCGAAGAAGUUACAAAAACUGUGGUUGAGAAGAUCCGAAAUCCCAGGUACCACGUACGGCUCCAGUUUUCUAACAAUGGAUCUUAAUAAAACCGAGGAUGUGAUAUCAAAAUUGGAGAGCCUCCAUCAGCAACCUCAUAUUUGGGAUUUUCUACGUUCCCUGCCCAGACUGCACACAACCAAUGCUCGCUUGGAAGAUCGUUUGGGUGCUGCGACACACUUUCUCCAGGCAGGUUUGAAUUCGUUAACAUCUCUGGGAGAUUUGGAUUGGCUACCACUGAACCAGACCAUCCCCCAGGUUUUUAGACAUGUUCUGAAUGCAACCAUCUCCAGCCUGAGGUUUCUGCAGCAUCACAGAACAGCUGUCAAUGAGACCAUUUACCACCUGUCCCUACAGAAUAUGGUAUGGGAUCCCCAGAAAGUUCAGUCUGAUCUUGAAUCCCAGUUUGGUUUCAAUGACCAUCAAUUGGAGCACAUCCUGAAUUAUUCAGCCGAGCUGAAGGAGAUGCACUGUGAGCCCAUGAAGAUGCAGAAAGUCUGGGGCUGGCUGUUCUUGGCAGCCCUGUUCCUCACUGUGAACUGCAGGAAAAGAGAAUAUUUAAUCUGGACCUGCUUCCUAAAAGAAUCUUCUCAGCAGAGGCUUCAGCAAUCGACAAUGCAGUUUGUCAAGAACCCAGUUAGAUUCCAGCAUCUGGGCAAGUUGCAACGUGCACUGUCAGACCUGUCCCCGUGGCCAGCUCUGAAGAGAUUGCCCCUGCUGGACACUGUUCUCAGGAACACGGUGGCCUGGGAUUUGCAUUUUGUUCAAGAAGUCCUCAGUUACCUGAAGACAUCAGCAAGGGAUUUUAUACCUGAUGGAUCUGAUGGAUGGAGACUGGAAAUGGAUAUGUUCUUUUGGGGGCUAAAGCAGCUGUUGACAAAGAAUGCUUCCGCCACUUGCCUGAAUGGACAUUUGUCUCAGGAGGCUCCGCUCCCCACUGGGGACUCCAGCAUCUGGAGGAGUCUCUGGGGAAUGCUAUGCCACACCACCGCCUUCAAUGAGACCAGUGUUUUAAAUGAGCUGCUUCAUGCAGUGAAAGAUGCUGGUCACCGUUUGCAAGAGGUCAUUGCAGGACAAACAGAUGGACCAGUGGCAGAACAUGGUGGGCACUUGGGCUGGCAGGAUCUUGGGACACAGAUAUCAGACGUGAGCUUUGCCUGUUCUCAGGUCUUCCAGCUGCCAGGAGCUGAUGCCUCACCUGAGAAAGGUAUCUCUGAUGAUGGCUGCGAGCGCCAGCUUGUUUCCACAGUGGUAUCACACAUACUUGAAGAGGUACAAAUAUCCCUGCAGCGAAUGUCCUACUGGAAAAUCUUCUCAGAGAUCAUCAGGAAGACUUGUGAAUUGGUUCAAUAUGUGAACGAGCAUGGAAGUUUCCAGAACGGUCUGCUGUCUUUCUCUGAGGACUCUCCUUGUUAUACACAAAAUAUGGAUUGGAAACUCGUCAUUGAUAAUUAUUUUGUAUUUUUCAAUAACUUGAAGAAGUCUCCAAUAACUUUCAUAACCAAGGCUUUAAAUUUCACAAAACACCGUCUAGCGGUGGACAAUAAGCUGUACACCCUUGAAAAUGGGAAGAUGAACAUUCUCCUGUCAUGUGUGGAGUUUUUGGAAGAAUUAUUAUUAUCCGUUCCUUCUGGCUCAUUCACUGAUCCUGAAUCCCACAAUCUCUCUUCUCUCACUGAGCUUCUUUGGAAUAGAAGUAUUUUGUGGAUACAUUAUUUAAAAAGUUUAGAGAAAGACCCACAUGACAGUGAUGCUCAGAAACUUCUGAAGUUUGAGAAACUGGUCAUUGAAAAACUUCAAAGUCUUAAAAAGCACCGGAUGCAGAAGGAAUCAAAAAAUAUUUUGAGAUUCAUAGAAUUAAUACUUCUUGAAAUUAAUCCAGAGCUGCGAGAAUUCUGGCUCAAUAGCAUUUCACAAGAAGAAAGAGCUAAUAUUGAAAUCUUGCCCACACUUGUAGAUUUUUCUGUGCCAGAAUAUGAAACUAUUCUUGGCAAAAUAUUUAAUUUCUUCCAAUCAUUCCAUUCUGGUUGGCCCAAAUCGCCAGCCACGAAUACAGACUUCAUACGUUUAAGUGAGGCUAUAGUACAUGGUCUCUAUGAAUUUAGCUUUCUGACACAGGAACAAGUCUCAAUAGCCCUGGACACCAUCUAUGCUCUGCAGAACAUGUCUAAGCUUUUUACAGCCCUUUCUGAACCUCAAAAACAAGAGCUAGAUGACAUUUUGACUCAUAUAUACAUGAGCACCUUCAAAGACAGAGACACAGCUGUACUUCUGCAGACGUAUUCUUCACUUUACCAAUAUCUUUAUAAAUUCUUGAACAUUCGGGAUAGACAGUCUCUAAUAACUUAUCUCACUCAAAUCUCUAGGCAGAUUUUGGACCUCAUAAAGCGAUUUAAUAUCCAAAACAUCAAUAAAGCACUUUUGCUUUUAUCGGAGACAACAGAGGCUCUUGGGACAAUACCUGAGGUAUCUUACUGUCAGCAGUUGUUUUCAAUUUUAAACUUUUUAGAAAUUCAAGCCCAGUCCCUAGUGUUGACGGAGGGAAUAGCACAAGGAGUGAUUCAUGCUAGUUUGACAGGUCUCAAGCAGCUGUUUGCCAUGGAUGAAGGCUUUCGUGUUUCUUUACUUGAGUAUGUCAAUCAGUUAUUUAAUGGUACAGCAGAAACCCAAUUGCUGAGUGAAUGCUUCAUUCUGGAAAAUGCAACCAUUUCUUCUGUGAUUUAUUCAGGAAAUGAGGGGUCUUCCCUUCCUUUUUCAUGGAAACAAGUUUUUUCAAACCUCUCAUUAAAUGGCAGUGUGAUCAGUGAAUUCACGGCCAUCCACUGUACCCUUUCAUGGAUUCAGACAUGGACUGAGAUUUGGGGAAGCAUUUCUCACAUAUUCAAACUUGACCUGAGUAUUUUUACUCCUCUUCAUGUUGGUAUCACUCAGCUUUUGGAUGAACUGGAAAGUGAUGGGAACAUUUCUAAAAACUGCCAAGGAAUAGUUCCCACAUAUCAUACUGCUAGAGUCCUGUUAAAUUUGUUUAAAAAUGUAACUCAGGAGAAUGGAUUUCAUGACUGGGAUGGCCUCCUGGAUCUCAGGGAUCUUUGGGUAGCAUUGAGUAAUGAAUUAGUUGCAGUGCAAUCACUUAACCUGGACCAAAUAGAGAAAUCUUUCAUCACCAUGGAAACCUCCCUGCACCAGCUGAAGACAUUUCCAAUGAAAACAAAUGCAAGCAAGGAGUUCUUAUAUUCCCUGUUUGAUGUUUUCAUUGAGUUAAGCAAAACCUCAGACUAUAUGGACAGAAAUAUGGAAUUGAUCAAUAACUUUCUUUCAAAUGAUCUCACAGAUCAUAAAGCCAAAUUUGCAAGUGUCAUAACUGAGCUGAGAAAAACAAUAUUAUUUCUUAAGAAUGUGUCAGAGGAUAGAACUUUAUUGUCAUGUGCUGGUAUUUUUCAGAGUGUCACUGAGUUGAUUUUCAAAGAUAACCUAUUACCUGUGAAUACUUCUAAGAAGCAGGCACAUAUUCUGGCCAUGUUAAGUUCCAUAUUUUCAUCAAAAAACAUAAGUAGUAGCUUGGAAGGAUGCAUUGCAUGGGUAGAUCUCAUAGACCGUCUGUGUAUGAUGUAUAAUUCAAGUUCCUCAUCCAGCCAUAGUCACAGCAUGUUGGGAAGCUUCGAGGAUAUGGAAAACAAAAUGAACUCUGCAUUGAAAAUUUUAACAUGGGUGCUAAAUAAAAAGAUACCCAUUUGUCCAUUAAAUGAAUCAAAUAUAAACUGUGUAAAUAUUUAUCUGAAAGACAUAACUGACUUUCUAAAUAUUAUAGUUACUACAGGCUUGGAAAAAGAGAAGGUCCCUAAAUUUGAGAUUUUAUUGGCUCUUUUCAACGAUUCCACAAAGCAGGUAGACAUGAUCAUCACCAACUUAACAAAAGAUCUUGAUUUUGCCUCCCAGUAUGACUGGAAGCACUUCAAGGACUUACUUCUAAGACCCAUAGGAAUGUCAGAUGACAUUCCUGACCGGUUUCAGAAUAUCUGGCAGCAUAUUAUAGCACUGGGGAAGGAAAUGCAGAAACUUUUAAGAGGUAUCUUCCAUAAUGUCCUCAGAAAUAAUUCCUCUUCUGACACUGAAACAAUGUUUACUGUAUUCUCUACCAGCCCAAAGGAAAAAGAUAUAAACCAUUUAGGCAACUCAAUUUACCAAUUAGCUAAUUUCUUUGCUCUCAACAUAACUAAUGGUCUUCAGAAUUCAUCAGAAGUGGCCCCAUAUGGGAUAUUGAAAGCUGUGGGUUUUGGUAUCCAACUGGCCCGGGAUGUGUUCAACUCCUUAAUGCCUGCUGUCCAUUUCAAUAUCCCACAAGAUUCGGAUCAUGCUCAAGUCUUAAAGAAAGUGACAUCUCUCGUGCAUUCCCUCAAGAAGGCUGACAUAGAGCUCUUAGUAGGCCAGUUUGGGCAAAUCUCUGAAAGCCUAAUGAAUUUCUUUAAGAACCUCAGCAGAUCAGGUAUUGACAGUUUAGGGGUCGAUAUGCUGGUUGGCUUAGUGGAGAGGUUUGUGGACAGCUCAGACUCAUGGAGUGUCAGUUACCUGCUGCGUCUCUCCCGUCUGCUGCCCAAGGAAGUAGUGAAUACUGUGUUGGAUGUGUAUUAUGCUCUUCCCCACAUUGCAGGCCUCCUGCAGAGAGUCACAGAUAAAAACAUAACAGAGAGCCUCAAGGAUGUCUAUAACUUCACUCUUCUUCAUGGCAUAACCAUGUUCAAUAUCACUAAGGAAGACUUUGCCGAUGUGAUUAAAACUCUUCUGGACACAGUUGAGUUGGUAUCAGAUGAACCAGCUGUUGUUUCAGAGGUUUUACUGUGCCUUCCCAAGGUCUGGUGCUCAAACCACACAACCUUCAGGCUUGAGGAAAACCUUAAAGUAGAAGGCUGUAAUGUCCAGGGGCACAGGUCUUCUUCAUUUUAUCACAUGGUGACCCGUAUACUAGAUCUUCUUCAUCUGUCACCGCCAAGUGAUUCCCAAUGCAUAAAUGAAAACUCUGAAGGGAAAAUAACCAGGAAAGUAGUCUGUGUGAUCCAUGAGUUGGCAGACUGGAAUUCCAUUCUCUUGGAGCUGUUGGAGAUAUUUCACAUUAAAAAUUUAUUUGUGAAAACUCUGCAGGGAUUUUGGCAUGAGGUAUUACCCUUUGUGUCACCUUCUGGAAGUCUGGAUAUUGGCAGCACCCAAGAACUCUGUCCUAGUGGACCCAUAAAGCAAGCUGCUUUGCAAAUCAUAGAGAAAUUAAAAUAUGCCAAUUUUACAAAAUUUAUACUGGGCGAAAACAUUCUGGACAAGUUAGGUAAAUUAGACAAGAUUCUUAACAUUACUAAAGGCACAGAGAAAUCUGUCCAAAAGAAUGUUUACUUAAAUUUGGAAAGAAUAUUCAAAUUGGUUUCUGCUGUUUGGAGUUUAGGAAAUAGUGCUCAUUAUCUACUGUCUCCAAUCAUGGUCUCUCUGAACGCAAGUCUUACAGAUAAGAGCUCAGAUGCAUUAUCAAGUUUAAUGAAAAAUGAUAAAGCAACUUACAACUUUGAAGAACUGUGGUUGGACUUUAAACAACCCACCAAAGACCCAGCCAGUAACUUGAGUCUAGGACAAUUACUUUCGGAUAUUAACAAAAAGAUCCAAGGCAUAGCUCUUCAAAACACAACUGUGCAACUCUCUCAAGUUCUGAAAAUCCUGGAUUCAUCACCACUGAAGACAGCAGAAAUUAUUGAAGGUUUUCUAUUUCUCACAAAACACUGGCUUCAUGAAUAUGAAAAUGAAGAUUACUUAAGGUUAAUGCAAAGACUACUCAGUGCCACUGCCAGUGAAAAUUCAACUGAUGUAACUACGUUGGCCAGGGAUCUUACUACCUAUUUGGACUAUCUCAGAAACAGUUCUAAAGAAAGCAAUUUUGAUUCUGGCUUCCUCAGCCAUAUGCUAAAUCAAGAGCAGCUAACUGACUUUUCAGCUGUCCAGUUGCUUCUUGAAAGCAUUGUGAUGAAUUCGGUUCAUAACUUUGCUGAGCUUUCUCAGGAAUCAGCUCUGGAUUUCAGUGGUGCCUACUUUCAAAUAAUGGAUUUCAUUAAUCUCAUCUUGAAUCAUAUCCAGUCCAAAAAUGGUGGGGAAGCAGCAGGAAUCACAGAAGAUUUCUUGAAGCAGCUUUUGGAGAUAUUACUCUUCCCUUUGCUAAAUGGAAUGCCUGAAAAUAAAAUAUCACUUCUGCUGAAAGACUUCCAUAAAGAUGUCAUUGCAGAGAUGAGUUUUGUCCCCAGAGACAAAAUUUUUGAAGUUCUGAAACUGGAUCCAUUCCUUACCUGGAUGAAUGAAAACUCAUCGAUGAACAUUUUCUCAAGUUUGAAGACUAUGUAUCAUCUGAUUAAGAACUCAUUUUCAUUAGACAACAGAGAACUCUCUGGAGUUCUGACAGAUUUUUCUCACACUCAUCCAAGGGAGAGCAUGGUUAAAACUGACACUGGAGGCCAUUUGGACUUUUUCACGGUAGUGACACAGUUUCUCUCCCAGUUUAAUAAUUCUGAGAACCUCUCAGAAUUCAACCAAAAUCUCAGGUCUGUUCUCCACCGUGUACAAGAAAGUUCUGCGGAAAUGACCACUAUUAUGGACAUUCUCUUAUACUCGCCUACCCAGGCCUGCAGCUCCUCGUCUCCUCUGCACCAACACACCAUGGUUGCUAAGCUAACUGACUUGCUUUCUGUUGUAAACAGUUCAUUCCCUCUAAGAAAAAGAGAAACACUGGAAUCAACUAUGAGGUUAUUUGGUGCCAUUUCCCAAGUUGGUAAAGAAAGUCAUGUCUUGGCACCUGCCUUAGAAAUAUCUAGAACUCUGACUUUGCUGGUGAACAACACUGCUAAACUGGCUGGUCUUGCCUCAUCAGUGGACUCCGUGGUGAGACUUCUCAAUCUAGCCAAAAAGGUUUCAAGAAAGAUAACUACAAUGUUGGGAACCCUCUCCAUCUCUAGCUCAGAGGACUUCAGGACAUUCUUUGACAUUUUGUAUUCCAUCAUGCUACAAAAUGUUCAACAUCAUGUGAAGCAAGUAACUUCUUUGAAAAAAGUAGACCCUUUCCUAUUCGAGAAGACAAAGGAUUUGUUGAUACCAUUUCUUGACUUGGCCUUCGGGAUGAUGGGAGUGACACCUAAUACAUCAGAGGACUCUGAUAUUUUGAGCGUGUCAUCUAUCAUAUCUUCAUAUGUCAGCCCAUCCAAAGACUUUUCUGAGAUUUUGGAGGAAAUGGCUGAAAACUUAAUUUCUAUAAAAAUUGGGUUGAGAGAUUUGGAGUAUCUUGCAGUGGUGGUUAAAAACAGGACUCAAAACUUUUCUCUUGAUGCUGUUAAUUUAUGGGAAGAAAUUCUAGAUUGUUUAGUCCCUAUGAGUAACAUCACCAACCAAAUGGAUUUCUUGAAGCUUCAGGAGCUUUCUUCUACCAGUCAUCCUCAGGUCCUGAGAAAGGAAGGAAGUCAUGACAUAAUCCGUUUUUUGGAUGUAAUGUUAACAGAUAACAGCACAGAAAGAGAGACUUUCUUGAAAAUGGUGAUUAAUCUCACCAUACAAGCUCUUUGGAAUGGCUUAAAGGAAGAUAACUGGGAUAUUUUUAAUCUCCUGUUGACAUUUUCCCAGCAUCCAAAUGACCUUUUAAACACCAUAGAAUCAGUUGUAGAGGCCUCUAGUGAAAUUAACAGUGACUAUGGAGAUGAUUUAAAUCAAGAUUUAUUUUCUGAUUUGUCCUGGGUUCAGAACAGCAGUCGCUAUCAGCUUGCAAAGUCAGUCCUGAUUGGUCUCAGCAGAAUAGCCCUCUCAAGGGAAGCGCUGCCCCCCAACAACACCCAGUGGGCACGUUUCAUGCACACUUUGAUUUUUCCUAAUUCAGCCACUGCUCAGAAUGUUACAGCAGCAACAGAUGGGAAGAACAAGGAAGAAAUGAUGGCAGUUCCUCAGAGCUCUGAACAAAUGUCAUACUUCCAGAAAUUCCUGAAGGCACUAUUUGUAUUGAUCGAACACUGGCAGAAAGUACCACAAGCUGAUCAAAGUGUUUUUGAGAUGUGUCAAGUUUUCCGGCAGCUGGAGAAGCCCUCGGAAGCUGUGGAGAUGCUGCAUAGAGUGGAGAUGAUGGCUCUGCGUGUGCUCAUCAUCUUUGCAGAAAACCCUUCCCUGACGAAGGACAUUCUGUGUGCUACACUGAGCUGCCAGCGAGGUGGAAUGAGGCACCUUAUCUUAUCUGCUGUGCAAGGAGUCACGUUGCUUCACCACCACUACCAGGAAAUUGGAAAGAUAUGGUCCUCCCCGAAUCAGCUGGACUGUGAAGAUCUUAGCAGGAGUCUUUCCAGUGCUUUAGAAGGCUUCAAAAGCAAGUUGGAAAAUGCUUCUGACCAUGGUUGCACGUGCCAGCCCUUGGUGGGAAUAGUUCAGCAGCACAUGCACAGGUUGACCAAAAGUCUUGAGGAGACUUGGAUGUCAAAGAUUCCUGUUAUGACAUUUCUAAGCAAUUUCACAGUCACAGACGAUAUAAAAAUAAAGGAUUUGAUGAAGAAUGUCACCAAAUUAACUAAGGACCUUCGAUCCUCCUUCCACAUCUCAGAGGAAACCAUCCACAGCAUCUUAGAAGCUAACAUUUCCCAUUCGAAGGUCCUCUCCAGUGUCCUCACAGUAGCUUUGUCUGGAAAGUGUGACGACGAAACUCUUCACCUCCUGCUGACGUUUCCGGAGAGUGAAAAGUCCUGGUUUGCCAUGAAGGAACUCUGCAGCCUGCCAGGGUCUCAAGUGUUCUCCCUGCUUGUGGUGAUGGGCCGGAACCUGAACCUGAGGAACUUCGUUUACAAAACUCUGAUACCUUCUGAAGCAAACGGCUUGCUCAAGUCCCUGUUGGAUGUCAUUUCCAGCCUCAGCUCCAUCCUUGUCAGAGCCCAGCAUGCCCUUGAAUACCUCCCCGAGUUUCUUCACACAUUUAAAAUCACUACCUUGCUGGACAUGCCAGACUUCCAACAGGUUUCCCAGAAUGGCCAAGGCAGAAGUUCAGCUUUCUCCUCUUUCCAGUCUGUGAUGAAGCUUCUCUGUAAGAACCAGGAGUCUUUCCUCAGCAACUCCAACAUGUUUGUUAAUUUACCCAGAGUUAAUGAACUCUUGGAGGAUGACAAAGAGAAGUUCAAUAUUCCUCAUGAUUCAACACCAUUUUGUCUGAAGCUCUAUCAGGAAAUUCUACAGUCUCCAAAUGGUGCACUGGUAUGGUCUUUUCUAAAACCUGUGUUGCAUGGAAAAAUACUGUAUACACCAAACUCUCCAGAGAUUAAUGAGGUCAUUCAAAAGGCUAAUUACACUUUUUACUUCGUGGAUAAGAUAAAAAUUUUAUCAGAAACACUUCUGAAGAUGGCCAGCGUUUUCCAGGGAAGUGGGAGUGGCCGAGUGUUCAGCCAGUUGCAGGAUGCUCUGAGAAACAAAUUUAUAAGAAACUUUGUAGAGAGCCAGUUGCAUAUUGAUACAGACAAGCUCACUGAAGAUCUGCAGACAUAUGGAAGGAUGCUGGACAAGAUGUUUAACCAUGUGGGGGCUGGACACUUUCAGUUCUUGGGUGGUAUCUUGGCCAAUCUCUCUUCCUGUGUGGUGUUGGACCGAUUCCAGGCAAUAGAGACUGUUGCCACCCUGGAGACCAAGGCACACAAACUCAUGAAGCAGAAUAAUUUCUUGGCCAGUGUCAUAUUCAACAGUUCCUUGGGACACAGACACAUCAGAUCAGCACCUCGAAAACUGCCACCCCAUGUCACAUAUACAAUCCGGACCAAUGUCUUGUACAGCAUGAGGACAGACAUGAUUAAAAACCCUUCCUGGAAGUUUCAUCCUCAGAGUCUACCAGCGGAUGGGUUCAAAUAUAACUACAUUUUUGUCCCACUUCAAGACAUGAUUGAGAGAGCCAUCAUUGCAGUACAGACAGGGCAGGAAGCCCUGGAGCCAACCACGCAGGCACAGGCAGCUCCCUACCCAUGCCACACCAGUGACUUGUUCCUGAACAACGUUGGCUUCUUUUUUCCGCUGAUUAUGAUGCUGACUUGGAUGGUGUCUGUGGCCAGCAUGGUCCGGAAGCUGGUUUAUGAGAGAGAGAUCCGGAUAGAAGAGUACAUGCGAAUGAUGGGGCUGCAUCCAGCUAUUCACUUCCUUUCCUGGUUCCUGGAAAACAUGGCCAUGCUGGCUCUAAGCAGUGCUGCUCUUGCUGCCAUUCUGAAGAUGAGUGGCAUUUUCAUGCACAGUGAUGCCUUUAUCAUUUUUCUCUUCUUGCUGGAUUUUGGAGUGUCAGCUGUCAUGCUGAGCUACUUCCUAAGUGUGUUUUUCAACCAAGCUAAUACAGCAGCCCUGUGUACCAGCCUGGGGUACAUGAUCAGCUUUCUGCCCUACGUGGUGCUGUUGGUCUUACACAACCAACUCAGCUUUGCCAUCCAGACCCUUUUGUGCUUGCUCUCGACCACAGCCUUUGGACAAGGAGUCUUUUUCAUUACGUUUCUGGAGGGACAGGAGGAAGGAAUCCAGUGGAGUCACAUGUACCGAGCCCCAGAGCCAGGGGGCAUGACAUUUGGCUGGGUCUGCUGGAUGAUUCUGUUUGAUUCAAUCCUUUAUUUUUUGUGUGGAUGGUAUUUCAGCAACUUGGUCCCUGGAACUUUUGGUUUAGGGAAGCCAUGGUAUUUCCCCUUCACUGUAUCCUAUUGGAAAACUGUGUGUGGAAUGAUGGAGAAACGGCGGCACUCCUUGAGUUCUGGUCUGUUCUUCUUCAAUGAGGACUUGGGCAACAAAGGGUUCUCACAGCAAAAUUGCCCAGGAGAACUGGAAGGAGGAAACCCAGGAGUGGCUCUAAUAUCUGUGACCAAAGAAUAUGAAGGUCACAAGUUGGCUGUCCAAGAACUCACUCUCACCUUCCACCAAGACCAGAUUACAGCUCUGCUGGGGACAAAUGGUGCAGGGAAAACUACCAUUAUAUCCAUGCUGAUGGGGCUGUACCCUCCCACAUCUGGAACCAUCAUCAUAAAUGGCAAGAACCUGCAGACAGAUUUGUCUAAGGUCAGAGAGGAGCUGGGGGUGUGUCCACAGCAGGAUGUUCUCCUGGACAACCUCACUGUGCAGGAACACCUAAUGCUCUUUGGCUCAAUCAAAGCACCUUGGUGGACCAAGAAGCAACUACAACAGCAAGUCAACAAAACUCUUGAUGAAGUAGAGCUAACUCAGCAUCGGCACAAGCCAGCUCGGGUUCUGUCUGGAGGCAUGAAGAGGAAGCUGUCCAUUGGCAUUGCUUUCAUGGGCAUGUCAAAGACAGUGGUUCUGGAUGAGCCAAGUAGUGGGGUGGACCCUUGCUCCCGUCGCAGCCUCUGGGACAUUCUCCUCAAGUACCGGGAAGGUCGCACAAUCAUCUUCACAACCCACCACCUGGACGAGGCUGAGAUGCUCAGUGACCACGUGGCUGUUCUCCAGCAGGGUAGGCUCAGAUGUUAUGCUCCUCCUGCAGGCCUAAAGGAGACCUAUGGCCAAGGACUCACUCUGACACUCACCAAACAACCCUCUGUCCUAGAAAGCCAGGAACCCACGGAUCUGGCUCGUGUCACAUCACUGAUACAGGUCUAUAUUCCUCAAGCGGUCCUCAAAGAUAGCAGUGGAGGUGAACUGGCCUACACUAUCCCCAAGGAUGCAGACAAGACCUGCUUCAAGGGGCUCUGCCAGGCCCUGGAUCAGAACUUACAGCCUCUGCACCUGACAGGGUAUGGGAUCUCCGACACCACCUUGGAAGAGGUGUUUUUGAUGCUUUUGCAAGAUACCAAGAAAAAGUCUCACAUCACUCCAGAAACCAAAUUAGAGCCUCAGAAUGAGAGACCUGCUGGACCUUCUCGUCAGUGUAAGUAGCAGAACCUUUCAUAUUUCUGCGGCUCUUCUGUGAGAACUCCACCUGCAAGGGCCCUGCCUGAGCCCAUGAUUGGCUUCCAGCUGCUUUGGGGACAGGCAGCAGCACUUUUGAGGAAGCGAUUACUGCGCACACUUCGAGCCUGGAAAAGCACCAUCUCAGACCUGCUCCUGCCCGUACUCUUUGUGGCCUUGGCCAUGGGUUUGUUUAUGGUGCAGCCGCUGGCCACUACGUACCCUCCACUCAGACUGACACCUGGCCAUUACGAGAGUGCAGAAACUUACUUCUUCAGCAGUGGGAGCCAUGGUGUGGACCUCACCCAAGUGCUUCUGCGCAAGUUUGGAGUUUGGGAUCCUCUGUGUGCUGAUGGUCAGCUGACGAAUUUUUCAAGCUGGCAUAGAGACCCUUAUUCUGGUCCAGAAUUCAAGGACUCAUGUGGCUGCCUGAAGUGUCCAAAUAAAAGUGCCAGGGCUCCCUAUCUGACCAACUGCCUGGGACACACACUGCUCAACCUCUCAGGCUAUGAUGUGGAAGAGUACUUGCUAGUGCCGUCUGCAAAACCAAGGCUUGGAGGUUGGUCUUUUGGAGUACAAAUCCCCACUGAAGCUGAAGACGUGAAGACAAACACAUCAAAACCAAGGACUUUGGCAAAGGUGUGGUAUAACCAGAAGGGUUUCCAUUCCUUACCCUCCUACCUCAAUCAUCUCAACAACCUCAUCUUAUGGCAGCACUUACCCCCUGCAGACUGGAGACAGUAUGGAAUAACACUGUACAGCCACCCGUAUGGAGGGGCCUUGCUGAAUGAAGACAAGAUCCUGGAAAGCAUUCGCCAGUGUGGUGUUGCCCUCUGUAUUGUCCUGGGAUUCUCCAUCUUAUCAGCAUCGAUUGGUAGCUCCGUGGUGAGAGACAGAGUGACUGGAGCUAAAAGGUUGCAACAUAUAAGUGGUCUUGGAUACAGGACAUACUGGCUAAUUAACUUCCUCUAUGACCUGAUCUUUUACUUGGUUUCUGUCAGUCUAUGUGUCGCCAUUAUAGUCGCCUUCCAGUUAACAGCUUUCACUUUUCGUGAGAACUUGGUGGCCACAGCCCUCCUGCUGGCACUUUUCGGAUAUGCGAUGAUUCCAUGGAUGUAUUUGAUAUCUAGAAUAUUUCCCAGUUCAGAUGUGGCCUUCAUCUCCUAUAUCUCCUUGAACUUCAUCUUUGGCUUGUGCACCAUGCUGAUGACCACCAUGCCCCGGCUCUUGGCCAUCAUUUCCAAAGCCCAGAACUUGCAGAAAAUCUACAAUGUCCUCAAGUGGGUUUUUACCAUUUUUCCUCAAUUCUGCCUCGGCCAGGGGCUCAUAGAACUCUGUUAUAAUCAAAUCAAGUAUGACCUGACUCACAGCUUUGGCAUUGAUUCUUACGUGAGUCCCUUUGAGAUGAAUUUCUUGGGCUGGAUCUUCGUGGAGUUGACCUUGCAGGGCACAGUUCUUCUCCUGUUGAGGAUUCUGCUACAUGGAGACCUUCUAAGAUGGUCAAGGGGCCACUCUACCCUGCAGGACACAGUCAAGUCGGCUAAGGACAUAGAUGUUGAAAAGGAGCAAAUAAGGGUGCUUGAAGGAAGGACUGGAGGAGACAUUCUGGUGUUGUGCAACCUCAGGAAAAGUUACAGAAGUGUUUUCAGGGGGAAGACCACUGCUGUGCAUGACAUUAGUCUGGGCAUACCACGAGGCGAGUGCUUUGGGCUCCUUGGUGUGAAUGGUGCUGGGAAGAGUACAACAUUCAAAAUCCUGAAUGGUGAAACUCCACCGAGCUCAGGAUAUGCUGUCAUCAGGACUCCCCAGGGAGAUAUGGUAGACCUGGCUUCUGCUGGUAAAGUGGGCAUUCUCAUUGGCUACUGUCCACAGCAGGAUGCCCUAGAUGAGCUCCUGACUGGUUGGGAACAUCUUCAAUACUACUGCAGACUCCGUGGGAUCCCGAAGCAGUACAUUCCAGAGGUGGCUGCUGACCUGGUGAGACGCCUGCACCUUGAAUCUCAUGUGGACAAACCUGUGGCCACUUACAGUGGGGGCACUAGAAGGAAGCUCUCCACAGCCCUGGCUCUGGUGGGGAAGCCUGACAUCCUUUUAUUGGAUGAACCCAGCUCUGGGAUGGACCCGUGCUCUAAGCGGUAUCUGUGGCAAACAGUAACGCAGGAGGUUCGGGAUGGCUGUGCUGCGGUGCUAACCUCUCACAGCAUGGAAGAGUGUGAGGCUCUGUGUACCAGGCUGGCAAUAAUGGUGGAUGGCAGCUUCCAGUGUCUCGGGCCCCCACAGCACAUCAAGAACAGAUUUGGUGAUGGCUAUACAGUCAAAGUUUGGCUCCACAAGGAAGGAAGUCAAGCUAGCACAGUUUCUGACUGCUUGAAGCUCCAUUUCCCAGGAAUCCAGUUUAAGGGACAGCGCCUUAAUUUAUUGGAAUAUCAUGUACAAAAGAGUUGGGGGUGUUUAGCUGAUUUGUUCAAAGUCCUAGAGAACAAUAAGAGCCUCCUGAAUAUCAAGCAUUAUUCCAUCAGCCAGACCACUCUGGAACAGGUUUUUGUUAAUUUUGCCACUGAGCAGCUGUAA